CUGGUUCCACGGUUUUUUUAUGCGAGGGUAACCGAUGGGGAUUGGAACUGAGGUUGUUGAGCGGCAGCAGCUGCUCGCGUCUGAGAGAAGCCUUUGGUGGUCGUCGGCCUAAUGAGCGGACAGCAAAGAACGCUUUUCCAGACUUGGGGUUCAAAAGUCUCCCGUUCCACUGGGGCUCCGAGUUGCAGCUCUAGAACUGAGCCGCCUCGGGGCCCUGGCAACUCCACGGCUCAUUUCUCUGCAGCGGCACAGGAGGCAAAGGAGGCAGAGGCUGCCGAGGCUCAGCCCGAGUCGGACGACGAUGUGUUGCUGGUCGCAGUGUACGAAGCAGAGCGGCAGCUGAGUCUAGAGAAUGGCGGGUUCUGCACCUCAGCGGGCGCCCUGUGGAUUUAUCCUACUAAUUGCCCAGUGCGGGACUACCAACUGCACAUUGCCAGGACCGCUCUGUUCUGCAACACGCUGGUGUGUCUGCCCACUGGCUUGGGAAAGACCUUUAUUGCCGCCGUGGUCAUGUACAAUUUCUACCGCUGGUUCCCUUCCGGCAAGGUGGUCUUCAUGGCCCCCACGAAACCUUUGGUGACACAGCAGAUCGAGGCUUGCUACCGAGUGAUGGGUAUCCCGCAAUCUCAUAUGGCCGAAAUGACAGGAUCUACUCAAGUUUUUACCCGGAAGGAAAUAUGGGGCAGUAAGAGAGUCCUUUUUCUUACACCUCAAGUCAUGAUAAAUGAUCUUUCUAGAGGAGCUUGUCCAGCUGCUGAAAUAAAGUGUCUAGUUAUUGAUGAAGCCCAUAAAGCUCUUGGAAACUAUGCUUAUUGCCAGGUUGUAAGAGAACUAGUCAAAUAUACAAAUCACUUUAGAAUCUUGGCUCUUAGUGCCACACCAGGUAGUGAUAUAAAGGCUGUGCAACAAGUUAUUACUAAUCUACUAAUUGGGCAGAUAGAGCUUCGUUCUGAAGAUUCUCCAGAUAUUUUGCCAUAUUCUCAUGAAAGACGAGUUGAAAAGAUUGUUGUUCCCCUUGGUGAGGAACUUUCAGCCAUUCAAAAGGCAUAUAUACAGAUUUUGGAAGCAUUUGCCAGUUCUUUGAUUCAGAGGAAUGUUCUGAUGAGAAGGGAUAUCCCCAAUCUAACAAAAUACCAGAUAAUUCUAGCAAGAGAUCAAUUUAGGAAAAACCCAUCUCCAAAUAUUGUGGGAAUGCAACAAGGCAUAAUCGAAGGAGAGUUUGCUAUUUGUAUUAGUUUAUACCAUGGUUAUGAAUUAUUGCAGCAAAUGGGAAUGAGAUCAUUAUACUUCUUCCUUUGUGGAAUUAUGGAUGGAACUAAAGGAAUGACUCGGGCUAAAAAUGAACUUAGCAGAAAUGAGGCCUUCAUGAAACUCUAUAAUCAUCUAGAGUGCAUAUUUGCACAUACACGUAGUUCUUCGGCAAGUGGCAUCUCUGCUAUCCAAAAAGGAGAUAAAGAUAAAAAAUUCUGCUAUAGUCAUCCAAAAUUAAAGAAAUUAGAAGAAGUUGUAGUUGAACACUUCAAGUCAUGGAAUGCUCAAAACAGAUCUGAAAAGAAAUGUGAUGAGACCAGAGUUAUGAUCUUCUCUUCAUUUCGAGAUAGUGUUCAAGAAAUUGCAGAAAUGCUUUUACAGCAUCAGCCAGUUAUUAGAGUCAUGACUUUUGUUGGCCAUGCCUCAGGGAAAAGCAUGAAGGGUUUUACCCAGAAGGAGCAACUGGAGGUAGUGAAACAAUUUCGUAGCGGUGGUUACAAUACAUUGGUUUCUACUUGUGUUGGGGAGGAAGGUUUGGAUAUAGGAGAAGUUGAUCUUAUAAUAUGUUUUGAUGCCCAGAAGAGCCCAAUUCGUCUUGUACAACGAAUGGGUAGAACUGGCCGCAAACGUCAAGGCAGGAUUGUUGUUAUCCUUGCAGAAGGACGAGAAGAACGUACUUAUAAUCAAAGUCAGUCCAACAAAAGAAGUAUUUAUAAAGCUAUUUCAGGUAACAAGCAGGUCCUUCAUUUUUACCAAGGAAGUCCACGAAUGGUUCCUGAUGGAAUCAAUCCACAAUUACAUAAGAUGUUCAUCACUCAUGGUGUCUUUGAACCAGAGAAGCCUUCUCGGAAUUUGCAGCGAAAGUCAUCUGUCUUUUCCCAUAGGAAUGAAAUGAGGCAAAGUAAUUCAAAGAAAGACUGGUUCUUAUCUGAAGAAGAAUUUAAAUUAUGGAACAGACGAUACAGAUUAACAGACAGUGAAGGAAUUAAGGAAAUAACAUUGCCUCAAGUUCAAUUUCUGUCUUUACAAAAUGAGAACAGACAAACUCAAGAACCAACCACUGGAAUUCAUCAACUCUCUCUCUCUGAAUGGAGACUGUGGCAGGAUCAUCCUUUGCCUACGUAUCAAGUUGACCAUUCAGAUCGAUGUCACCAUUUCAUCAACAUUAUGCAAAUGAUAGAAGGAAUGAGACAUGAAGAGGGAGAAUGCAGUUAUGAAUUCGAAGUUAAAUCUUAUUUACAAAUGGAAGAUGUUAGCUCAACAUCUAGUGUGCCCAGGCAUGAGUAUAAUCCUUUUGCCUAUGGAACCUUUGCUAGUAACAAGAAAUCUUCAUUUACAAAGAAUGUAAAUCAAGGCAAAUCAUUCUCGAUGACAGAAUCCAGUGAAGAAUGUGCUGAAGUUUUUAAACAAACUCGUAUCAAACCUACUAAAACUGUUUCUCUAAAGAAAAAAGCAUCUAAAGAACUUAAAAAAGAUCAACCUAAAAAACAAAAAAGGAUUGUCAUGGAGCCGUUAGUCACUGAUAGCAAUUCUACUGUUGAGAAUAUUUGUCAGGUAGACCUACUAAAUGAUGAAAGGACAUUGGAUACAGAUGAAGUUACUGCCACAUGUGCCAACAAUGAAAAUGUUGCUAAUCAGUCCUGUGAAUUAUUGACAGAAUGUCAGUUUACAAGUAAAUCUACUAGUUCAUUUACUGGAAAUUCAGAUUCUGGUUAUAACAGCUUGAGUGAUGAGAAAUCUCUUUCAUCUACUUUAUUGCUUCCAUUUGAGGAUGAGCUUUAUAUAGCUGGAAUAGAUGACCAAUUUUAUCAUGGUCAUUCAUUAACAAGCGAGGUACUAGCUAACGUAGAGAAAUUUUUAUCCCAUUCUCCUCCGCCUCUCAGUGGACUCUCAUGUUUGGAAUAUGAAAUUGCUAAGGGUUCUGCACCUGAGAACUUGCUUUUUCUACCCUACACAGAGCACUUACAAAAGGAUAAAUCCACCUGUUUGAUGUCAUAUUCAGCUGUAAAUUCUCAAGAGAAUUUAGAGUUUUCACUUACUGCUCAUCCUUCUGAAAAAAGUUGCAUUUAUGGUACAACUAAUGAUAAGAUUUCUGAUGAAUCAAGCUUCUGUGACUAUGAUAAAGUACAUAAAGGUAUUAAAAAUGAAAAUUUAGUAUCCAGCAAUCAUAUGCAAAUAAACAUAGGCCCUCCAAAGUAUUUUGUUGAAGAGAAGAAUCAUGAUGUUGAUAACGAUGGCCUCCCAAUAUUGCAUACUGACCAGGAUGAGAGUUUACUGCUAUUUGAUGAUGUUAAUACGGAGUUUAAUGAUGUGAGUCUUUCUUCCUUGAAUAGUAAAUGCAAAUCUUUAUGUGUGUCAGACAAAAAUGCUAUAAAUGAUGUGGCACCUGUUUCUCAGUUCUUCAUUUCUGAUGAACUUUUGUUAGAUGAUAAUUCUGAACCCCAAGAUCAAAUUAUCUGUGAUACUAAUAAUUGGAAAUCUCAUGAAGAUUUGAGAGGUGUACACGAAGAAAAACUGAAGAAUGAUGAAUAUGGUUUUGACUGCUCUAAGGAUUUAUUUUCUGUUACCUUUGAUUUAGGAUUUUGUAGUCCAGAUUCUGAUGAUGAAAUAUUAGAACAUGCACCAGAUACAAAUAAGAAUAAAUUUUUAGAUCGUCUUUCUGGAAGAUGUUUAGAUACUAAGGAGACAAGUGAUGCAAAUUAUGUUUCAGAUCAAGCAGUAGUACCAACAGGUCAUGUUGAUAGUUCUACAAGUAUAACCAUUACUAUCCCAUCAAGUGAAGAUAAGCGAAGUCCAACUUUUGCACAUUUUCCCAUGAGUGCAGCGAAGAAUAAAGAAUUUAUGUCUCCUGGUUAUUCUCAGUUUUCUUUGCCAGUAGGAGAAAAAGUUAUGAGUACACCACUUUCUGAAUCAAACACACUGAACUCACUUUCUAAGAAGAAAUUAGAAAUGGCUAGGACAUCAGAUUCUAAUAAGGGAAAAGUAAAUCUACAAAGUUCCAAAGAAACAUUGCAUUCAACUUUUGAUGAUUCAGGACUUUCUGUAGAAAAGACUAAAAGCAGGGAGCAAAUCAAUCUGCGUCAAUUCUGCCAUUCUGGUAAAGAUGAACAAUUAACAAGCAGUGAAAGUGAAGAUGAAAUUUUCCAAAGAAGAAUUAAAAAAACAAAAGGAAAUGUUUUGGAUUCCCCUGAGGAUCAAAAAAAUAGUGAAGUUGAUUCUCCACUUCAUGCUGUCAAAAAGCACAGGGUUCCUCCAAACAGAUUAGAUUUCUCAUCUAGUGAUGAGAGUGAGAAUUUUCACAGACGAGGUCUGCAAUCAGAAGACUUCAAGGAUCUUAACAGGAAGGACAAAAGAGGCAUCAGAGUCCGCAAGAGACAGAGUCACCUAAAGCUUGUAGCUAGGAAGUUUUUAGAUGAUGAAGCAGAACUUUCCCAAGAAGAUGCAGAAUGUGUUUCAUCAGAUGAAAAUGAUGAGUCAGAAAAUGAACAAGAUUCCUCAUUACUUGACUUUUUAAAUGAUGAGACUCAACUUUCACAGGCUAUAAAUGAUGCUGAAAUGAGAGCAGUUUACAUGAAAUCUUUGAGAAGUCCACUGAUGAGCAAUCAGUACAGAAUGUUCCAUAAGAAACAUAACAAUGUGAACGUUUUCUCACAGAUUCCUGAGCAGGAUGAAACUUAUUUAGAAGACAGUUUUUGUGUUGAUGAAGAGGAGUCUUGCAAAAGCCAAUCAAGUGAAGAAGUCUGUGUUGAUUUUAACAUGAUAACUGAAGAUAGCUUUGCAAGUGGGAGUAAAAAAUAUAAAACCCGACGUGCAGUAAAGCUAAAACAAAUGAAGAUGAGAGAAAAUUGUGCACACUUAAGAAAGAAAUUAUUCAGAAUUAUUUUACCAGAUGAUUCAAGUGAGGAUGAAGACAAUGUAAAUGAUAAACGAGAAUCCAAUACUGUGGUUAACCCAAGCACUGUGAACAAGAGUGAACAAAAAGACCACUGUUGGAAUUUAGUGCCUUCUGGGUCUUCGUUGCAGUCCAAGGACUACUCUACUCUAACUGUUAAUCGAUCACCAAAGCAGAGACAACAGACACCACUUAAUUUAAAGGCUACAGUUUCUGAUGUCUCAGACUUUAAACCUCAGAGCUGUAGUAAAAUUGAAUCUACCUCACCAUCCUUCACUACUGUUGAUUCACAGAAAGACUGUAGAGAAUUUCCAAUUCAGUUGAAGAAUGCUUGUGCUCUGGAGGAUUCUGGCACUUCAAUGGCGUAUUGUUCCAACUCAAGACCACAUUUGGCUGGCACACAUGCUUCUCUGAGACUUCCACAGGAAGGCCAGAGAACUUGUAUUCUUGUGGAUAGUCGUGAAAUCACUUGUGGUUCAGAAGUGAUUUCUUCCCUAAGAGCGAUUCAUGGCUUACAAGUAGAGAUUUGUCCUCUUAAUGGUUGUGAUUACAUUGUGAGUAACCGCAUGGCGGUGGAAAGGAGGUCUCAAUCUGAGAUGUUAAAUAGUAUCAAUAAGAACAAGCUCAUUGACCAGAUCCAGCACCUACAGAGCAUGUUUGAAAGAAUAUGUGUGAUUGUGGAAAAAGACAGAGAAAAAACAGGAGACACAUCCAGGAUGUUUAGGAGAACAAAGAGCUAUGACAGCCUGCUGACUACCUUAAUUGGUGCCGGAAUCCGAAUCCUUUUCAGUUCCUGCCAAGAAGAAACAGCCGAUUUGCUAAAGGAACUGUCUUUAGUGGAACAAAGAAAGAAUGUUGGUAUUCAUGUCCCAACAGUGGUGAACAGUAAUAAAUGUGAGGCACUUCAGUUUUAUUUAAGUAUUCCUAAUAUAAGUUACAUAACUGCACUAAAUAUAUGUCACCAGUUUUCAUCCGUGAAAAAGAUGACAAACAGCUCACCUCAGGAAAUCUCCAUGUGUGCACAAGUAACUCAUCAAAAGGCUGAGGAGAUCUAUAGAUAUAUUCACUAUAUAUUUGAUAUGCAAAUGUUACCAAAUGAUCUUAACCAAGGUAGAUUUAAAUCUGAUGCAUGAGGAGACUGCUCAGGGUGGGUUAUCAAAGAACUCUCACAGUACUAAAUGCACUUCAGUAAUCAUUGCUGUGGUUUGUGAUUAUCAGCUUAAAAUAUGUAAAUAAGAUUAUUUCCAUAACUUAUUUUAUACUGUGUAUGUUUUUAUUUAUAUAGAUUAUAUAAAUUAUUUAGAAAGUAUCUGAUGUUUAAUGACCACUUUGAUUAGAUUAUGAAACUUUUUUUAUUGAAGGUACUAUUAAGAAAGUAAAAGCUAAAGAUGUAUUUUUAGAAUUUUCCCAAAGAUUUUAGUGUUGUUGUCAUUUGUUAGCAUUAUAGAUUGAUGUGUCUGCUGCCAACUUAAUGGUCAUAAACAAAUAUAUAAGCUGUAUAAUCUAGCAUAUUUUAAAUGUCCUGAGUUUACAUACAUAUUGAAUAGGUAUAGGUGGUAGGUUUAUUCUAAGGUAAAGGCCCCAGUAACUAGGAAAGUAGAUAAUUUAACUGAAUAUGUUUAUCAUACCAAAAGUGUCCCAAUUAAGUACAGUAAAAUCCUGUUAGUAUGAACUCCAAUCUACAACUACUUUUUGUUGUUGUUAAAAUACCAUUUUCAAAGAAGUGGUAUAUUGGAGUUGGAAGUUUUCAGUAUAGAUGAGCUAUUAAAUGUGGACUUUCAUUGUGGUCCAUUACACUGCAUCUGAGAUGCUAUUAAUAUUUUAAGAUGGCUCCAUAUUUUUAUAUGCAAUAUCUCAGUCCCUUCUAGUCAGUCUAGUGCUAAAGCAACCUUUAAUUAUGGAUAUAUAUAUAUAUAUAUUUUUUUUUCCCCAUUUAGAGUCCUUUAUUCUCUGGUUACCUAAUGUUUAUCUUUGGUUGUGUACAUUGUUGGGUAGUUGAACCAGCCUCACAGCAGAGUGUCUCACUUACCUUAGACUUGGCAAGGACUUCAGAGCUAAUCUAAUUCAAAUUGCUUUUCUCUUUCCUUUCUUAUCAGAUGAUAAAAGUGAGGCCCAGAAACAAGUGACCUAUUCAAGAUUAGACUGGGAAAUCUAGAAUGAAAACCCAGGAGGUGGAGAGUUUUCAUCUCUCAUUUCUGCUACUUAAUAAUUCUGUCAAAGCCAGGAGAAAAGAAGUCCCAUAAAUUAUUGGCUAAUGUGCAGUUAUCAGUUUAUCUCUCACAUUCAGAUUCAUCCGUUAGUGUCUUGCUCUGCUAUAAUGGACUGGACUUUUUGAGCAUUUCUCCCUAGAGAGCAUGAUUUAAGCUUUAUCAGGAGGAGGAAAGGGGCUUCCUUCUGGUUCUAGUAUGCCGCAUUUUGCUGCUGCUUGCUCCUGUUCCAUGGUGUCGGUGGUGUGCUGGGUAGGCACAAUGGUGGUGCUCUGUGCCCCAGCUGCACACGAGAAGCAUGCGGUCUCUCCACAUUCUCACGCUGCCCUGGACCAGUAACCUUGCAGCCCCUCUCAUGUGGAUACCAACAACCUCAGGUUGUGUGUCUCCACCCAACAAAGUAUUUUGUAAGUUGACACGGUAUAAAGAACAUAACCUAGAAGGAUUUCAUUUAUGCUUGUUGUGUAGAGACCUCGAUCCAUAUUUAAGCUGCAGUAGACUCCUUCUAUACACUCACUGUUGCACUUAACUAUCAACCCUAUUGUUUAUCAAUCCAUCUUACUGUUUGAACCCUUAAAGUCUUUCUUUUCCACUUUUGCAUCUCCUUUGGAGGUUACUUUAAACCUUACUAGCUUUUCUUAGUACCCAAUGGAAAGAAAUGGAACUAACCAGGUACCUGGCAGGUGGGAUAUAAUAGACUAGAUGAGGAACAAUACUGAAGGAGUUUUGAAAGGACACAGGGAAUAUGGGGAGUGGUGGUCACAUUUUGGUUUUUGUCAAGUGUAUGCUAUUUCAAAAUUAUCUUUUUGCUUUCUGUUACAGAAUUUAACUACCUUCUAAUUCCUAAAACACUAUCAUUAACAUCAAGCAGCAUGCUGUUACACCAAAGAUUGGCAACUGAAAGUUCUGCAACAGAAUUUUUUAACCCUUUCAUUUGUUUCAUCCUUCAUCUAUGAAAAACCUCUGUGGCAGUGCUAUUCUUUUUAAACCUUGCAUUUCUAUAAAUUUCUACAGUUAACUGAUUGCUGAUUACUACCCACUAAAUUCUUAAGAAACAAAACAUAGUUUUUCUGAAAGUUCUGGUAUUUUUCAAGGAAAUGAACUGAUCCAUUAAUAAACAAAAUUUUUCAAUGAUCCAGUAAUUAGAAAAACCAACCAAAACACAAAUAUUAUGAAAGCAAAGUUACUUUAUUUUAACAACCUGACUGGAGAGAGAGGGUAGGUGAAUAUGUACUGUACCCAGAAGGAAAAAGUUCUACGUCAAAUUUUAAAACAUAAUGGCAGAAUAAGCUAAAAGAAGUUUAUUUCUAAAGAAGCUAUCUGAAAGAAAAAGUGUUUACUAAGACAUGACAUAUUAACUUGACUCUUUACAAUAGUAGGCCUGUAACUUGAAUGUUUGUCUAAUCCAGUCUUUUUAAUAUUGAGACCAAAUUUAAGCUAUGUCUCCUUAAGAAUGCAAUAAAAUCUGUUCUUUUAUUCUACCUAAUAAAACUAUUGAAAAAGCAAUAAAUUAAACUUACAUAGGUUUCACAGAUGUACCAAUCGCAAGUUUUAAGAAAAACAAUCAGGAGAAAGCAUAUCAAAUGAUUUAAACAGCAUGUAAUUUAAAUAUGAGAUCAACUCUGGUUUGUAUAACAAGUGGUGACAAGUCCUAACCUAAAGUUUUCAUGAACUCAGUAGCUACCAGUACAAUCUAUUUUUUAUACUCUCCCACCUUCCCCCCUAAGCAUAGCAACAUUUUUUGGUAUGCUUUUUAAAAAUCUGUAUGGAACAUGAUUUUCUUAAAGUAAAGAGAAUGAGAUGCUAUGACAGACAUCUAUGUAUAUACCACAUGCAAUCUUUAAAAAGGUGUCUGCAGUUUCAAAUGAAGCUACAUUAUAAAGAAAAUAUAUACACUUCAAAAAAAGAUACCCUGUCUGCUUCUUGAUAAGCAUCCUGGAAAUAGUCUUUCAUUUUUACCAUGCAGAAUCAGAGUUUGAAAAAUAAUCAUCUUUUUCUUCUUCAUCUAAAGACUCCAUAGCAUUGGUGAAAAGUUUUCCAAUACCAGAAUUUUCUACUAAUUCUGUAAAGAGAAGUUCAAGUUAAAAAAGAUUAAUAAAUUUCUAAAAGCAAUUUCAAUGAAAUUGAAAGUAAUAGGAAACCAGUUGGUAGUUCUGCCCACUUGAGAGCAAUUAAUUUUAAUACCAUGUUAAUAAAGAGAUUACCCUAUACUAGGACAGAACUACAAAAGAAAGACAUAAGCACAUUACCUUUGUUAAGUGGCGCUUUUCUUCUUGCUGUUGGAGUUGAAAACUCAGUUUCAACCUACAAGAGAGUUCAUAUUAAGAGCUAAGUGAUGCCUCCUGUGAAGUAUGCCUCAAACCUAGACAAAACUCAGCAUGCUUUAUCGCAAGAAAACAUUGCAAACUAAUGCAGCAGUGGUUAAAGGAUAGCCUCUGAAAGUUGCCAAAAUUUAGAGUACUUACUCCAUUCCAUUACACUCGCAAAUUUUGAAUUCUCUAUACUAUAAAUUCUUGGCUAAAAUAGUAAUUUAUAUGGCGAAUUUUAAGUAUAUAAUGAGUGUUUAUAUACAUCAGUGUGUUUUAAACUAUUGGCCGUGGCUGGCUAUCUUUAAAAAAUGAAAAGGAAUAGAACAGAAAAGAAAAUAUGACAAAGUAUACUCACAAUACUAAGGAUAAGUAUUGUUGAAAGAAACUUCUCAGGUACAAACUCAUUUUGAGAGAUUGUCAUGUAAAUGUUUUCUGUGAAAUGAGUCAAAACACUAUUACAUCAUUUAGCCCUCAGAAAUCAUUCAGUGAGAUAAACCAGUAUCAUUAUGAUCUCCACUUCAUACCACAUAUGAAUAAAAUGAGAUUAGAAAGCUCAAGUAGCUUGCCUUGUCAUAAAAGCUGGUAUGGAGGCAGACCUUGAAAUCAGAACUUUUAAUACUAAAAGCUCUGCUCUUUCUAUCCUCACACACUGGCUACAAAUGAAACCCAAAUUUCAUUCUUGUAAGGAAUGUGGAACUGGAAAAAGGGAAUCUGAGAAAUGCUGAGAGGGAGUCUGCCUACAUCUUAAGUUCGGAGUAGAUUUCUUUUGAAGAAUUUAGUCUCCAGGCUGACUUUAAACCAACACCUUGGAGGUAUCUACCACUUCCUGUGGACAAGUAAAGACUACAAAGAUUGGAUGUGAUUAGUUAAUCCUAAUGUUUAGUUUAGAGACUGAGAGGAACCUACUCUAGCAAGUGUGCACUACAAAUACUUCAACAUGGGUGAGGGAGAAGAGAUGGCCAUAACCUGGUCAAGAAGGAAUACACCCUCAGGGAAUAAGGCAGUCUCCCAUUUUACCCCCAUAAAUUAUUCUGUAAGAUUAGCUAUGCACUUUGAGGAAAUUUCGGAUGAGUUAGCUUUUCCAGAGUACUUGUACUUUUAUCUGGAUAUAAGUUACUCAAAUUAAAAUCAGAAAUUAAAAAUUUAAAAAUGAAUUUAAGAGGAUAUAGAUCACUCUAAGGCCACUUUGGUUCAACUCUGAGUUAAAUUUUUUUCUGUAAUUAGUUUUUAAACCUUUUUAAAUUAAAAAGAUUUAUAUAUAAAUCUUAUAUAUAUGUGUGUGUAUGUAUACACACACAUAAUAAGUAGCUGAAUCUGAAAAACAUUUGAAACCAUUGUGAAGCUGCAUAGAAUUUAAUGAAAUUUAUUAUUCUAUGAGAAUCAUGACUCACUUAGUCUGGAUCAUUCCUCAAUCACUGAAUCUAUAUUAUGCUGUUGUGUCUUUCCUGAAAUGUCCUUCCCUAAACUAUAUGUUUUUCCCACCCUGCCCAACUCCUUAAAUGAAAAUUCUCACCUUGUUCAAGUGUUUUUUUCUGAGUUGCCAUCCAUAAUCCUACAGCACUUAUGUACUCACCUCACUUAUGGCCUCCUAUCAUAAUUACUUGUAUUAGACUGUAAGCAACUUGAAGGCAGGGCCUGUUACAUAACUUGUAACUACAACAAAUUGCCAUAUAUUAUAGUUGUUCAGUAGAUAAUGUGUUGAAUAAAUGAGUGAAGAAUAAAAA